AUGAUAUCGACGACGACGGCGACGACUGGUGGCCUGCUUUUAAAUCAUGAUGCUCCAGCUGUUGCACCGCAACGGUCCACAGUGACCAUUUUAGGAUCCUUUCUUCGACGCCCAAGAGGAACUUCCACUUCGCAGCAACAACCAUCACAAGCAGACUCUCCACCCUCUCCAACGAUCCCUUCAGGAAUAAGACGACGAAGUUUUGUACCUCAGAUAAACUCAUCAUCAAAUAACACCACAAGCCUUGGUCCAAUUUCAAACAUUCUGCGUCGCAGGCGGUCAGCCGGCACCGUCAACAAUCAACCAACAAUGCCCGCCCCACAACCCCUCCUCCGAGCAACGACAUUCUCCAAUAACAACAAUAACAACAACCAGACCCAUCGUAUCCGCCUGGUUCCCCACCUCGACUCCCGCCGCACACUCCGCUUUGAACCCAUAACCCGCGACCUCAAGGAUAACGACAUCCCCCUUCGCAUUGGCCGCUUCACAGACCGCUCAGGAAUAGGUCUCGCAGCAGUAAAUGCCCUAAACACGAACAAACUUGCCUUCAAGAGCAAAGUGGUCUCUCGUGCCCAUGCUGAGAUAUGGGCUGACAAUGGCAAAUUCUAUAUCAAAGAUACGAAAUCUUCUUCAGGAACCUUCCUCAAUCAUCUACGCCUCAGUCCUGCAGGCUCCGAGAGCAAACCCCACCAGCUUAAAGAUGGGGAUAUCGUUCAACUGGGGGUCGAUUACCAGGGAGGAACCGAGGAUAUCUACAAGUCUGUAAAGAUUCGGAUCGAGGCAGGGAGGGAGUGGCAGGCUGCUGCUAAUGCUUUCAACACAAACGCCCUCUCACAACUCCGCUCCCUCUCCGCAGACCCCCACACCCAGCCACAAAGGGCAAUCGCCCAUGGCAAAAAACGAAUGCCGAAGACUAGCAUUCCCGAUUGUUGUAUCUGCCUCUUCGCAGUAACAAUUCGCCAAGCCCUGUUCAUAGCCCCCUGCAGCCAUGCCUUCCACUACAAAUGCAUCCGCCCCCUUCUCGAAGCCCACACCUCCGCAUUCAGCUGCCCCCUUUGUCGCACAUUCGCAGAUCUCGACGAGGACGUCGAAGUUGAGAUCGAACCUGAACUUGAGGUCGAUGCCGAGGCUGUUUCAUCGGCUGAAGAUGAUGAUGACGAGAUUGAUGGAGGUGCGGGAGGAGGAAAGGAUAAGCUGGCGCCUCCCAUGAUGAGAGAUGGAGCUGAGACGGAGGUGGAGGGCGAUGCGAGGAGUCCGCGCGCCAGGAUACGGACCGCGGGACAUAUUGUCCAUCCACAAUCUCAAUCAUACCUCUACCCAACCGCUCAAUCCCAACCGCUCCGCGACGAUGCAGAUCUCGACGAAGAGCUAAUAGAUCUGAUAGAUAUUGAUUCGGAUGAGGGAGAUCUAGAUGUGGGAGUGUUUGUGAGAGGUAGCAGCGGGAGCGGGAGUGGGAGUGGCAACGGAAGUGCAGAGGGGAUGGGUAUCGAGAGCGGGAUGGGAGGGGUGGCGAUGAUGGUGGAUGGGGAAGGUGUUAUCAGUGUGAAACGAAAACGUUAA